CGAAGAAGUUCGGACCGACCUGCCGCUGCUGCACCUAUGAGUCUCCACGUAAAUGAAUAGCCGCGGCUCGCGCGAGACAAACGAGCUGAUUAUGCCGAGAUAAAAGAGCAUCUGGCUCGCGCUCUUGUCCGAUAAUGGCAUGCGAUGGUUCAUCCGCGGAGGAUUUCCCGGACAAAGUGAUGCCCAGAGCAGCUCCCUGCACGUGCAACAAGAAGUGCAGGAGUCGGAGCGGCAGCGUUGUCUUCCUGGGAUUAUUCCUGCUGUCGCUGUGCCUGCACGCUGUCACCCUCGUCUGCUAUUUGGAUCUGCGGUCCGAAGUCAAAAGGGAAAUAAUCCUCCAGAAGCGCGACACCAUGUUGACACUUGCGGGGAGUGACCUGGCUGACCCGGCGGAGGUGCUCUCGCCCGGCCACACGCGACUGGACUCCGGCAGCUCCCGCGGAGGAGAGGGUCAUGAGAAGUUACUGCACAGAAAUAGCGAGUUCCACGCCACAGAGGAUAACAGGGGCAUAACUCAGCGAGCGAAAAGGAGUCCCAGCAGGCAGCCAGAAACAGAGUCAACUGGAAAGGAAAGAAGGAAAGAGAAGAAAAAAGGGAAAAAAAGGUCUGUGCCGGGCCCCCCUGGUCCCCCUGGUCCCCCAGGCCCACAGGGGCCACCGGGCAUCCCUGGAAUCCCCGGCAUUCCGGGAAGCAACGCUGUGGGGCCUGCAGGACCCCCUGGACCCCCCGGGCCGCAGGGACCUCCGGGCACCCAAGGUCCAGCAGGGGCUCCAGAUAAGACGAAAACAAAGGAAUUCCAGCCUGAAGUGGUUCAUCUGCAAGGGCAGGAGACAACCAUCCGAGUGAAAGAAGAUCUGUCUGAAGGCAUCCUUAGGAACUGGAAGAUGGUGUUCAUCCAUCACCGUGUGUUUAAAAUGCACCCUCGCUCUGGAGAGCUAGAGGUGCUGUUGGAUGGUUUCUACUUCAUAUAUAGUCAGGUAGAAGUGUACUACCUCAACUUCACCGACAUUGCCAGCUAUGAGGUGAUGGUGGACUCCAACCCGCUCCUCCGCUGCACAUGCAGCAUCGAGACGGGCCAGCGCAAGUUCAACACCUGCUACACGGCUGGGGUGAGCCUGCUCCGCGCCGGCCAGAGGAUCUCCAUACGCAUAGUGUAUGAAGACAUACUCCUCAGUAUGACCAACCACACCACCUUCCUGGGAAGUGUCAGACUUGGAGAGGCUCCAUCUGCUGGACAGAACUGAUAACUACACAACACACCAGCCCUCGACAGAAAUGCAAGGUUGCUCACAAUCAGUAGCAAGCAACCUCUAGCCCAAGUCUCUCCCCUGUUUAGAGGAAACUUGUUAAUGUUGAGGGAGCUCCUGGGUGACUUUUGGUCACUUUCACAGCUGUGUAUUAAAAAGGACAAAUAAAGACUGCUCUGCUUCCCCUCACGUUGAUUCUGUACAAAGAGAUCAGCCCUGGUGAGCCAAAUGUCCUCAUCAAACAAAAGUUUCUAUUUAUAGUCACCAUUUUGUGUCAACACAGACAGCUCUCUUUAUAACAAGGAAGGACACUGUGCUGACACAUACUUAAUAUUUACAUAUGUUUAAGUGCUGUUGAAUGAUAAUCUUGUAUCUCCAAAAACACCAGCUAUUUAAAAUGUUGUAUUUGCAGUUUGUAUACUUGGCCUUUUUAAUUAAUUUAAUUAUAUUAACAGUUAUAAGUGUGGUUUAACAAGGGCUUUAAAGCUCCAUAUGCUCCUGGGAUUAUAAAAAUGACUAAAAGAUCAUAUAAAUGUUAAAGCAAGGAUAAAGGUAUCUAUGCAAAGCUGACAAAAAAAUCAUUAAAACUGGAGUUAUAAGGUAUUCACAGAGCAACAGCACUAUAUAUUUUGCGCACAUUUGCACUACAGCAUCCCUGCAGAAUAUCAGUGAUAUGUUUUGGUACAGUGCUAUUGUUUAGUUACCGUAUGAAUGAAUCCAUGUGGAAAAAUGAUAGUUGUUUAUACGUCUCUGUACAUAUUGUAUAUAAAAUGGGAUAUACUUUUGUAAAUGGAGUUGAUUGAUGGAUUAAAAUGUUUCAUUUUCUGUCUAAA